GUCGACGUCACCGGAAGUGCGGCGACAGGGAAAUUGCACGGUGCUGCAGGGAGACGGCGGCAGGUGAAGAUUGGAGUUAAAUUCAUUUCAUUCAAAAUGCAGAAUGGUUAUUGUAAAAAGGGAGGAUUUAAUUAGGCUAUAUUCCUAGCCGCUUGUGCACAUUUGAGUGAGUUUUAGUAUCAGAGAUAAAAUGAUGAGCACAAAACAGAGAAAAAGUUCUAAUUGGUGUUCUGUAGAGUAUAAAAAAUGCAGUCAGUUGUUUUUCCCGAUCUAUCCCUUCUUGUGAUAAAUGCCGAAGACACCGUUGCUGAAUUACUUGCCCUCAAUGAGCUGGCGCUUAGCUUAGUAGCAGCAGCGAUCAGUUACUAACGGGCUCCCAGCGACGAGGCGUACAGCCUCACAUUCACCUGUGUGGACUGCAGCCGUGCAGGUCUCGUCUGGGCUGGGCCGGCUCCGGUGUGCGGGUACCCCGGCCAGGCUCUUAGUGUGCUGCGCUUGAUCCCUCUGUUUCCCGGGCCGCUGCCGCGGGUCGCCCUGAGGAUGCAGGGGAGAGGAGCUGCCAGUUCGUGGGUCUCGGUCACCCCCAGCGGGUGGAGGGCGGUGAGCAGGAGGACUCUGGAGAGGGGAUCGGGCGUUGAGACCCCCAAGCUGGGCUCGGUGUGCCGAGUCAGGGUCCAGUCCCAGGCAGCGGAUGAUCCGGGGGCGCAGGCCGACAGGCCGACUGGUGUGGACGCCCAGGAGCGUCAGGAGGACACCCACACUGCGGGGCUCGACGGGAGCCCCUCCUCUGUCGUGCAGGUUCCCCUCAGCGAGUGGGUCGAGCUGCGUCUGGGAGAGGGACAGUGCGACGUCAUCGAGGGCUGUCUGGAGAGCAUGAGGGCUGGAGGGGUGUGUGAGCUGCUGGUGACAGCCCUGGACAGCAACACGGGACCCAAGGGGCGAGUGGCGGAGCGGGGCGGAGGUCAGGGGGCGCAGCCUGGGUGGCGGGACGGGGCGCCUCCUCCCCCCUGCCAGCGCCUCCGAGUGGAGCUGCAGUCCUUCAGCCCCGGCCGGGAGUCCUGGGAGAUGAGCCUGCCGGAGAAGUGGGCCUGGAUCAGGGCUCACAAGCAGAGGGGCGGCGAGAGGUUCCGGGCGGGGGACGUGUGGGGGGCCGCCGACUGCUACGGCAGGGCGCUGCGGCUGCUGGCCACCCUGAGCAGGGGGGGGGCGGGAGCCAGCGGUGCGCUGGGCUCGAGCCCGGACGAUCGGGGGGACGAGGACAAAGCCACCGAGGGCCAGAGCGUCUCGGAGGGGGAGUACCGGAGGGUCAGGUCCGAGCUUCACGCCAACAUGUCCCUGUGCCAACUCAAGCUCGGCCAGCCUCACAAGGCCAGGGUCAGCGCUGCUCAGGCCACGGAGCUGGAUCCGGCCAGCACCAAGGCCUGGUUCCGCCUGGGGCUGGCUUGCUCCGAGCUGGGGGAGCUGGAUGCGGCCAGGACCGGACUCACAAGGGUUCUAGAGCUGCAGCCCGGCUCGGCGUCGGCCCUGAGGGCUCUGAGAGACAUCGAGGCCAGAGAGAAGGCGAUCAGCUGCCAGCUGGGCCGCGCGCUCAGCAAGAUGUUCACCUAGAGGAGACGGGUGCAGGCAGGCGGCAGCCCGUCACACAGACGCUGGAGCAUCGCCAUUGGCUUAGCGUUGAGCUCCUGUACAGAUUACACAGAUUGCAAACAGCAAAUACCACAAAAGAACAAGUAAAGGGUUUUUCCAUGUUGAAAAGAGAAGAAAAGAAACGCAACGUUUCAGCUGUGGAGCCUUCUUCAGGUGUCGCACACACCUCCAUGGAAUAAGUGUUCACUUGUUCCUUUGCAGACUAUGCAUGCUGACGCAGAUCCCUGCUUGAGCUACUUCAGCGAGUACUGCAUUAAUGUGUCCUGUUUAGCACGAGCAGCGCUGUUUGCAUUGUUUGUGUCAUAUGUAAUGAGUCUCUCAGUCUACAAGGCCGCUUACAGUGGAGGUGUUAAACAGUCCUGUGUGCUCCAGUGAGUGGCUCUAGAGAAGUGUGGGACAGGACUGCAUCCUGCUGAGCCCCCACUGCUGGGCACUGCUGACGGAGAGACUCUUCUGAUCCAGUCCAACACUGAAAUAUGCCACACUGCUUACAAAGACGUUGAAAGUAAUUAGAAAGUGUCUGUCUUUCUGCAUGGAGCACUACAAACACCCAGAGAUACAGUCCUGUAUAAGGUGCCAUUACUGGUAUACUUUUAUAACUGUGGUAGUGCAGUUAACCUUGUGUGUAAUAAAGAUAUCGAUUGGAGCUAA